AUGGCUACCCUCGGCUUCUGGGGGGUCAGUCCGGCUGCGGUUGGACGAAUGGAGACUCUGGGGAAACUGCCCGUGGAGGAUAUGAACGAGCUGCACCUGGACCUCUCCGUGCCAUUGACCGUCGGGACGAGCCUGCUUGACUCCAUUGCCAACCGGGCCUCGGCUGCGCCAGCAAGUACCACCAUCACCAUGUCUUCCAUUGCAAGAGCGUUGCGCCCUGCGCUGCGCCGGAGCCAGACUGUCAUGACCAGAGCCUCUGCCCCGUCGCCACGUUGCCAGAGGAUAUGCAGACCGUUCAACGCGCCUCAGCAAGCACGAUGCCUCUCGGCAACCCCCCGCCGCUUCAGCGACAUGACCGAGAUCCCGCCAACCCCCAUAUCACACCUCUCUGAGACCGAGGCUGCCAUGCAGGAGGCCGUCUCCAAGUUCGCCAACGACGUCAUCCUGCCCAAGGUCCGCGACAUGGACGAGGCCGAGAGCAUGGACCCGGCCCUGGUCGAGCAGCUUUUCGAGCAGGGCCUGAUGGGUGUCGAGAUCCCCGAGGAGUACGGCGGCGCCGGCAUGAACUUCACCGCCGCCAUUGUCGGCAUCGAGGAGCUGGCCCGCGUCGACCCCUCCGUCUCCGUCAUGGUCGACGUCCACAACACCCUCGUCAACACGGCCAUCCUCAAGUGGGGCAGCACCGACCUCAAGAAGCGCUUCCUGCCCGCCCUGGCCACCAACACCGUCGGCUCCUUCUGCCUGUCUGAGCCCGUCUCCGGCUCCGACGCCUUUGCCCUGGCCACCAAGGCCACCAAGACCGCCGACGGCUACAAGAUCAGCGGCAGCAAGAUGUGGAUCACCAACAGCAUGGAGGCCAACUUCUUUAUCGUCUUUGCCAACCUCGAUCCCAGCAAGGGUUACAAGGGCAUCACCGCCUUCAUUGUUGAGAAGGACGCCAAGGGUUUCAGCAUCGCCAAGAAGGAGAAGAAGCUCGGCAUCAAGGCCAGCAGCACCUGCGUCCUCAACUUUGACGAUGUCGAGAUCCCCAAGGACAACCUCCUCGGCAAGGAGGGCGAGGGUUACAAGUACGCCAUCGGUCUCCUGAACGAGGGCCGCAUCGGUAUUGCUGCCCAGAUGACGGGUCUUGCCCUGGGCGCCUGGGAGAACGCGGUCAAGUACGUCUGGAACGACCGUAAGCAGUUUGGCCAGCUGGUUGGUGAGUUCCAGGGCAUGCAGCACCAGAUCGCCCAGAGCUACGUCGAGAUCUCAGCCGCGAGGGCCCUGCUCUACAACGCAGCUCGCAAGAAGGAGGCCGGCCAGGACUUUGUCCGCGACGCCGCCAUGGCCAAGCUGUACUCGUCCCAGGUUGCCCAACGCGUGUCCGGCCUGGCCAUCGAGUGGAUGGGUGGCAUGGGUUUCGUCCGCGAGGGCCUGGCUGAGAAGUACUGGAGAGAUAGCAAGAUCGGUGCCAUUUAUGAAGGAACCAGCAACAUUCAGCUGAACACGAUCGCAAAGUUGUUGCAAAAGGAGUACACUGUCUAG